CGGCACUCUGUCGCGGGCAUCAGCCAAUGUGGUCCACAGAAAGCGUUGCCCAGAGGAACACAAGGCGGCCUGCUUUGGGAAUGAUGGGCGCAUUGCGUGAGGCAAGGUGCUGAAGCUAUAUUUGCAUCGUUAGAGCUGAACCCGUUGUGCGACCACAGAGCGCUGCUCCAUGAAUCCUCAACCCCUGCUGCGUGCUGCUGCUUGUUCUCCUCUGUCUACCGCCGCUCGGCUCUUACGAGAGCGCUCCUCCCACCCACUCGCUCCACUCUUUGUGCUGCCCAUCACCUUUUUCGUAUCCCCAGUGCGCACAACCGGCGGUUUGUGUAGCGGGCUGGCAAAUGCGUUCGAAUGACGCUUUUUCUCACUCUUGCGCUUCUCCUUUGCAUCUCCUCAGCCAAACACAGCGAGUGGCGAGACCACUUUUUGCGCCAAACACUGAUCCGCUCCAUGUAGCACAGCAUCUCUUGACACAGUAACGUCCCGUCCAAUGUCGACUGUGUUCCUAGAAUAGACCAAGCAGCGCUGGGCGCGGCGCAGCUGCCCAUCCCACACUCUUUUAUUCUUACGCCCUGGUAGCGUUCCCCAAUGUGUGCUGCCAGAAUCUUCUCAAUCCCGCACUCUUGCCUGCGAAAAUG